GCCCGCGUGUUCAAACGCUUUUCAGCUUUGCUUCGCCCACAGUGAGGUGGCUUACCGGGAAGCCACACGCGUUUAGCUCUACUGACUUUAGACAAUUGUGGUUUGAUUUACUGUAAAGUGUUUUAGAAAAGUGUGUGUUGUGCUCUGCAAUUUCAGACUAGUUUAUUUGUCUAAAAAGUUUAUUUAUGAUAUUCACGAAAGAAGGAAAUACGGGAUGAGUGAUUAUUGUCGCCGGAUUUCAAAUGAGUUGGAAGCAUGAACGCUUCAUUUUUCGCAAUAGUAAAGAAUCAAUCAAUCCAAUUCCCCCAUAACAUGACGCCACUUCUAUGUAUAACAUAAUGUUGAUAUGUAUAACAUAAAGUUGAUAUAAUCGUUGAUAAUCGAGCCGUGGAAAAUGUAGCUCUGAGAUACUAAUAGAAAAGUGACAGAAAGAGAGUUUAGCGACUGGUGUUGGAGACAGUACAUAGUGUUCUUAGAGAUCUCGUUGGAAGAUAUGUGCAAUGAAAAAUGCAGCUCUGGAAUCUCUCCUUGCGACCGUUUCUGCUGCUUUCCGGUACCAUUGAUGGUGGCUGUGUGAAAAUGUCUUCCAUAGCUGGCUAUCUGGUUGCAAUCUUUGUAGCGGAAUAUGUAAUGGUGGUUGGCGGUUUUCAUCUUGAUGUGCAAAAAGUGAAUCACAUUUUAUUGGAAAAUUCAAAGGUCGAUGAAAGGAAUUUGCAUCAAUUUCUGGAAAAGCACGAGCAGAUAUUGCUGUUUGGAACGGAGAGAGCAAGUGACUUCAUAAUCGCCAGUGUCCAGCGGCGGAAACGAGAAAUAAGAUCAACGCAUAAAUCGAUUCAAUUUAAUUUGAGUGAUAGUGAUUCUGGAGGGUUCUCUGUGAAACUGACAAAAUCCGAAAUUCUGAUAGACGACUCUUUCGUGAUCAUCGAAAGCCAUGAUAACUCGACGCAGCUGUUCGGCGAUUCCUAUCAGUUCGUACAGAAAUACGCCGACUGUUUUUAUCGAAAUGAACAGGCGGCAUUCGAUUUAUGUGACGGAGGAGUUAGAGGUUUAUUGAAGUCGAAUCAAACCGAGUUGGUCAUACAACCGCUACCGGAGCGGUUUGGUUCAGAUCACCACAUUAUAAUUAAGAGAAAUCAAACCCAUGAUUCGACUGUUUAUACCCAUCAGACUGAUAAAAAUGUGAUAUUCGAGCCGGAUAUGUCCACUUAUGAACCGACUGCUGCUGCCUUUGGAUAUAAGGACCGCAGUAAACGAUACAUAGAUAAUGCAAAGGUUCCUGAUGUUCUACAUAUUGAGACUGCAAUCUUCAUCGAUAAGGAUCUCUACAAACAUAUGUCCAAAAAUUUUCCUAAGAACACAGAAGCUCAUCUUGUUCGAUUCGUUCUAGCAAUGAUCAACGGUGUUCAACUUUUAUAUAAUCAUCCUUCUCUGGGACACCCGAUAAAUUUUAUUCUGAAACGAUUGGAAAUUCUCCACAAUGAUCCAGCGGACCUUCGUCGAUCGAGUGAUAUCGAUAUAUAUUUGAACAGUUUUUGCAACUGGCAGAAGAAGCUGAAUCCAGUUUCGGACGCUGAUCCGGUGCAUUUUGACCAUGCCGUCAUUCUUACCGGAUUGGAUCUGUACGUGGUGAGCAAAAAUGGGAAAGUGAGCAACCAGGUGGUCGGACUAGCACCAGUUGCUGGCAUGUGUACAACGACUUCCAGCUGCACAAUCAACGAGGGAAAACACUUCGAAAGUGUGUUUGUGGUAGCGCAUGAAAUUGGACACAAUUUAGGAAUGCGACAUGACACUUCAGAGAAUAGUUGUGAUCCAAGUCUCUACAUUAUGUCCACAACUCUUGGAAGUGGGAAAAUCACAUGGUCUUCCUGCAGUCGGGAUUACCUUAAUACCUUCGUGAAGACAAGUCAAGCCAGCUGCCUGUUUGAUCGAGGCCACUAUGGUCAAAAAUUAGAUCAUGCGGCAGAAGGAAUUUUACCGGGUGAACGUUUCGAUGCGGAUCAACAAUGUAUGCUGAAAUAUGGGAAAGAUAGCAUUCGUUCGCAAACCCAAAACAUCGCUGAUAUUUGCCGAGAUCUGCACUGCCAGCGGGAUCGUUAUACCUGGACAUCUCAUCCAGCACUUGAGGGAACUGCCUGUGGAACUUUGAUGUGGUGCCGAAGUGGUGUUUGUGUUUCGAAAAUUCCAGGACUUUCGGUUCAAUCCAGCGGGAAACAUAUAACUGCCUUUAAGACGAUCGAUAAGAAAACUUUCAUCGAAGGUUUGAAAUUUGCCAGCCUGAAACAAGAUGCAAUCAGAAGCAUGAGCAUUAUACCCUCAUGGGAUCCUUGGGGUACUCCUACAGAAUGUGAGUCGGGAUGUUUGUAUGGAGAGUCAGGCCGGCUCAAGGAAGGAAGCGUGGGUCUGCGGGAGUAUAGCAGAACCUGCUCGGUUAAAAGGAAGAGCUGCCUCGGGCCCAACAAAAAAUACGAAACGUGUAUCGCGAAGCAGUGCUAUAGCAUCGCUAGAACCACAAUAUUGGAAUUCGCAAACCAAAUUUGCGGUAGGGCAAAAAUGUUUGAUGCCGAUAUAUUGGGAUUAGGACUACAAAAAGUAUCGGACGACGCUGAAGAUGCUUGCAAAAUAUUUUGUGAAACCAAAUCAGGGGAGCCCAAAACCAAAAGUUGGAUAUUCCCCGAUGGAACAGCUUGUAAAGUUCGACAUGCUGAUUUCGAUGACUAUUUCUAUUGCAUUAGUGGAAGAUGUGAGAAAUUCACUUGCAACGCUUCAGCGGACAAUUUUUAUCGGAUCGACCAAGGUUUCUGCCCCGAAGACGUUUCUCCGACUGACAAGGUUGUCAAUAGCAUUCAGCAGGAAAACGGACGUGAUUAUAAAAGUUUGAAUAUACAGAAACAGGAUUAUAGCAUUAGUAGCAGAGCGGAGAAUGCAACACAAAAUUCUGUUAACUUCAUCUUUCCAGAACACGAUCGGUUUUUCGACUCUAACUUAUAUAAAACAGACAUGUAUGGUCGAUGGCGCGUACAACAACAAUUUGAUUCCGAUAAAUAUCAUAAACAUUCAUUACUCAGGUCCCGGGUAAAUCAGUGGGAUGUCAAAUCAGGCUGCCAUUUUAGUUGCAUAUCUGAAGCAAAAGGCAUUCAAAUAGUGGCCUCAAAAAUUAACAUUCGUACAAGCAUUCAACUUUGCGCGCCAAAUACAGUCGCUUGCGACAAGGUCUUGACGAAUUAUGAAUACGCGACAAAACUUUGCAAGCGCUAUCAACAGAAAGUGCGCGGACUUUCUGGCGUUGGUAUGCAAAUUGCGCCUAACCUUGAGGAUCCUGAUCGAAGCUGUCGAGUUGCGUGUCAGGAUAACCUUAUUCGUCAUCGAUUCUACCUCGUAAAUGGGGAGCAGGGACACUUUCCAUUUGGUACAAGGUGUAACCAUGACGAGCCGAAUCGAUACUGUGUCAACGGAAAAUGUUUGCGAUUCGGUGACGACAACACUCCUAUUAAUGGAGCAUACAACAGUUUAGCACACUUACGUGCAAAACGAAACGCAAAAAGAAUCAAGAGACAUUAUGAAUAUUUUUCUCCGAUCAACGUAACUGAACGGAUAAACCAGGAGUAUCUUGAUAAUUUGAUAGCAAAUAUUGAUUUUACACACACUGCCGAGGACAUAUUGGUGGAAAACAUCGAUUUCAGAAAUCCUAUUUUUUUCAAUCCUUCAUAAAUCCCUGCCAGGUAAAAGCAC